CUGGCUAGGGCUAGGGUUUCCGAGCUGAGACUGAGAGUGAGGAGGGGCCUCUCCAUCCAUCCAUCGCCGUCGGGAGCUUCUGCUGAGUACACAGACCGAGAGAGUGAAAGGGGAAGAAGAUGAAGACGAUCCUGUCAUCGGAGACCAUGGACAUCCCCGACGGGGUCAGCAUCAAGGUCAACGCCAAGAUCAUCGAGGUGGAGGGCCCCCGGGGGAAGCUCACCCGCAACUUCAAGCACCUCAACCUCGACUUCCAGCUCAUCAAGGACGAGGCCACCGGCAAGAGGAAGCUCAAGAUCGAGGCGUGGUUCGGCUCCCGAAAGACCUCUGCCGCCAUCAGGACCGCCCUCAGCCACGUCGAGAAUCUCAUCACCGGCGUCACCAAGGGAUACCGGUACAAGAUGCGGUUCGUCUACGCUCACUUCCCGAUCAACGCCAGCAUCACCAACAGCAACAAGUCGAUCGAGAUCAGAAACUUCCUCGGCGAGAAGAAGGUGAGGAAAGUGGAUAUGCUUGAGGGUGUCUCUGUCGUUCGAUCCGAGAAGGUCAAGGAUGAGCUGGUCGUGGAUGGAAAUGACAUCGAACUUGUUUCUAGAUCCUGUGCUUUGAUUAAUCAGAAAUGUCACGUCAAGAACAAGGAUAUUAGGAAGUUCCUCGAUGGUAUCUAUGUUAGCGAGAAGGGAACCAUCUUGGUGGAGGAGUAAGCGAAGUAGAAUGUUAUAUUUGGUUUUUUUAUAUCCUUUGUAGGGAAUUUCUCUUUGAAAUGGCCCUCUUUCAGCCAACUUCUUCCUCCGGACUUUGUGUUGAGAACUUCAGGGAGCUUGUUUGCGAUGGGUUUUGACAAUUUUGAGUCAAGGAUGUUCAUUUUGGGAACCAUUUAGUAAUGCUAUUCUUCUCUUUUCCUUUUAGUUUUAAAGUGACGGGUUAUUUCUUAAAUGUGCCCUUUAUCUUGGUUAUUGCGAAUACAGUUCCUUCAA